AUGGAGAAUAAACUUUUUGCCGUUAUCCUCUGCCAUGUUCAAGAUGGGCUCCAACUUUCGGGGCGCAAACUUAAUCAUUUCGUUGUGGCCAUUGUCGAUUGGAAGGAGGAAACGGUGGAAAACUUGCAGGGAAAAAGCAAUGGACGAAGUGGAAGAUCGGGGAAGUUUACACACUGGGGAAUGCAACGAGACAUGGCAGGCAGGCUGCGGGAGGAUUGUGAAAAAAAAUUGGAGUGUAAACUGGAAAACUUUCCCAAAAAGCUUGGCGACUAUACCGGCAACACCUAUUUGCUUCAAUGUUUAACGGCCGUUCGAUCCUAUUUCGGGGAAAUAACCCCCCAAAGCAACCAGCACUUAAAGCGAUGGUUUUAUCUCGAAAUUCUAUUGCAACACUGGGUCGACUGCCACAACGAGGAGGUUACAUCUACCGACACGCAAAUAGCUAUAGCCGAGGGCCCUUUUGCCGCGGGUCCCCCGCUGGGAUCUGCCGGCCAGCACGGAAACAAAGCCAUGGUCGAAGGUGUUCCAAACGACGGCUCUAUUCCCCAAUCUCCCCAGUCGGCCGCCCAUUUCACCUCGGCUCAAUUCGCCCCACCUGCCGGGCCAUCCCGAAAACCGCUCCCUAACGGACCAGUGCCAGCAACGAAUGCACCAGCUGCUUCACCAUCGCCUUCCAAUCCCGACGAGGUUCCCCAAGUUCAACCCACAUCAGUACCCCCGCCCCUGUCUGGCCAAGGCAACGACAACGACCCAGCCGCUUCCCAUGGGGUUCACAACGGCGUGAAAUACCAAUGGAUGCCUUGCUACGGCGGCAAGGUCUUGGUGCUCGAGCCAACACCGGACCAAUAUUCGGACCUUAAAGAAGGUCCAAAAGAUGGCAGCCCUAUGCUUUUUACUGUCGCUGAGGAGCUUGGAGCACGAAAGCAAGGUGCAUUCAUUAUCAACACCCCGGAGGAGUCUCGACCAGUGCUUCCUGCACAGCCGACUCAAACAAAAACAUGUACAACCUACAAGCCGGAGUUGGUGGGAGACGACUUUUGGCGGCUCUACACUUUGACCGCAACACAAUCCCUUCCUUCUUUGGAUAAUAAUCCAAGCAAUGCCGGUUCCGACAUUCAUGCCCUCAUUAAGGAGUAUAAGGAGUAUAUCUCAGCAGCUUUCCAAAAGCGUUCGGAAAGCAUCCCGGGUGUUGCUUACCAGACGGACAUCCCAGCACACUCUACCAAAGAGCGUGAAAAUGCUUUCCUACCUUUGCAAAGCCCAAUCUGGCACAUUCGAGGUAACCAACUGCCUCGGGAAGGUAUACCUGGGCUCCACACUCCAACCGCUUACCGAGGGACGAAGGGCGCACCAUUUGCGUGGCAUUUCGAAGACUUGAAGCUGGGCGCCAUCAAUUAUCUCUACCGCGGGCGGAAAGUGUGGUUUGUUACCGAGCCAGGAUCAUUCGACAAUGCGACUGAGGCGUUCAGCAACGUACUGGGGCUCGAGGCGGACCAUGACCAAUUCCUGCGGCACCAAGCGUUGCACUACGGCAUCAAGCGCCUGCAAAGCGAAGGCGCCCCGACGAUAGGUUUUAUGCAGGAGGCUUGGCAGAUGGUUGUCGUCUACCCGGGUGCCUACCACUCUGGGUUCAGUUUUAUGCAGGAGGCUUGGCAGAUGGUUGUCGUCUACCCGGGUGCCUACCACUCUGGGUUCAGUGCGGCGGACUCUCUGGCCGAAGCCGUCAACUACGCCGAUCAGCUGUACACUUACCCAGAGGAGUACAAGCCCUGCGAUGGACGCUGCCACAAAGAUCAGGAGCCGAUCACGCGCGAGCUAGUCUUCCCCCCCGAGGCAGAGACUACCCCUGCUGAUGAGGAGGCUAGUUCUGCCCUACGGCGGUCCCCAAGGCAAGUCGCCACUUUGCGCCCUGCGCCUGCCAAGGCUUCCAUGGGCUCCCCAAGGGGCCCUCAAAAGAGGAAACGCUCCGCAGGCGAGCGAGGGUCAGCAAUACACACUAGACAAAGAAACCCAGAAUCACACGAACCAGAGGACGGGCAAGACGGGCUGCAAGACGAGCCACCAGCGAAGCAGAAGGAAAACACUCCAUCUCCCCAGGCCAUAGCAACCCUGCGCAGUGCACGGCAAAACGCACCGAAAGUGGCAAAAGACACAAGCGGAAAGCAGCACGAGUGCGGCGAGCAGCAGGGCGAAACCGUCGAAUCACCAAGGUUACGGAAAAACAAACGCGCUGCUAGCUCAAAUGAACCGCUGUCCGACGAGCCACAAUCCAAGCGAAAGCCCCGUCCCGUAGCCAUUAUGGCGGAACAUUUACGCGACGCAAACGCUAUCGCACGGUUAAGGGGUCACAUCAGAGCUUCGAGGGAAAAUGGACGGCUUCCAAAGUUAAAGGUCAAGGAAGAAAAUAAAGUUUGCGCAGCAAUUGCAUAUUGCAAAAUUGCAAUUCAGGCUAAGCAGUUAGCUGGCUACUGUGGCUUAAGGUCAUGGAUAGCAUGGGCUUUAGCUAAUAAGCUUAUUAACCUUGAAAAGGAAAAGGCGAAUAGAAAGCGCAACUUUGAAGAUGUGCUUAAAAGAGCGCAUGCAAAAGUUGCUACCUUAUCAUAUGCACUUCGGGAUUACCAAAGGGUUGGGCAAAACGAGAUGGAACAGUUAAAGGAGCAGUCAGCGAGGGGUAUUGGUUCACAAUUGGCAAAGGUGGCGGACGAGUUUCUGGCAGCUUUGCGGGGAGGCAAGGCGUACCCCAGAAGGGCUUGGGAAGAUGCCGCUGAAACAGAACUGGUGAAAUUAACCCUGCAGCAACAAGUGGAGCUGCUUCAGCUCAGAGAGGCUGGCGCAGAAUGA